UUUCUUUUGAUCCCCACUCAAUCCCUAACACAGGUUGGACUCCUCCGUUGCAGUGGCACUGACGUCCAGGGCUACCAAAUCCAAUGCUUCGCUCGUCCCCAGCGCCUUGCUUUAACCAAAGGUAGAGCUGGCCGCGGGGCCGAGCGAAAUCCAAUGCAGCGAAUGUACCUUACGAUCCAAGUAAAUUAGAUAUUUAUUUAUUUCAAAACGAGUUAACAAGUGGUGGCAGGAUAUGGAAACUUUCCCAAAUGAGAUAAUGCUGAACACUGAAGACUAACUCAACUUGGCCGUUAUCGCUGAUUUCAAAACACAAUGGCCGAUGAGUCCCAUUGGUGGUCUAACUCCGACAUCAUCGCCGACAUCUACACCAACAUGAAGCAGAACGAGGAGAGGCUGAUAGUCUUCGUUGGUCAGUCUCCACAGCAGCAUCUCCGCCGCUACCUGGUGGACUGGAUGGCCAUACUCUGCGAGAAGUUUGAGAUUGAUCGACAUGUACUUCACCUGGGGGUGUAUAUGCUGGAUCGGUUUAUGGAUCGCUAUGCCAUCGUACAAGAGACACAGCUACACCUACUUGCAUUUACAUGUCUCCAGAUUGCAACAAAGUUUGAAGAGCGGGAAGAAAAAGUCGCCAAGCUGUGCAACUACCACUCCCAGUCCACAAUGACCAGCGCAAACAAGGAGGACUACCUCCAGAUGGAACUGCUGCUCCUUCAGUUCUUUGACUGGAACGUCGCUGCGCCCACCGCCGCGCACUUUCUGGGUUACUUCCUUACGGAGGCGUCGGGGAACGGUGAGACGAAAUACGAUGACAGCAGGAAUAAUGAGUUCUCUAACAUCUACAUACAGAAGUAUACCAACUACUUCCUUGAAAUUAGUCUUCAAGACCAUGCUUUCUCUUUCUGCAAGCCAUCACUGGUUGCUGCUGCCUGUAUAGCAUCAUCAAGAGUGUGUCUUCAAUUCUCACCGACUUGGACCGCCGCCCUAACCAAGAUCACACAGUUCAAGUGGGAGAAUGUAGCGCCUUACAUUGAGCUCAUGCUAAGAACGCAUGAUGUAGAUGUCAAAGCAGCCAAGCGUCCUCCGAGCAAAGAUAAGAGAAGUAACACGCUGAACAACAGGAGUAUAUGAUCAGGAAUGGAGGUAGUCAGUUUUCUUAACACUCUACUAACUACUAGAUGCUAAAAUUGUUUAUUACUAAUUGAUGCUAUUUUACAAGAAACAUUUGAUUUGGUUAAGAAAAAGUGUUUGAAUGAUGGACAAGCAUAAGAGACAAGAUAAGAGAAAGUUAAUGUGUUUAUCCCUCCUAAAUGUAUGGUGUCACCAUCCCUUAAAAUACAUUUUUUUUAUUUUAAUUAACAAAAUAUUGAGUAACCUUUGAAGAAAUUAAAAAUAAGAAA